CGCUCUCAGACCAUCAUGGCGUCUCCCAGUGGGAAGGGAGCCCGGGGGCCGGAGGCUCCGACCUGCGGGCCCCGGUCGCUCGCCGGGGACCUGGUGGACUCCGUGGACGACGCGGAGGGGCUGUACGUGGCGGUCGAGCGGUGUCCGCUGUGCAACACCACCCGCCGACGGCUGACCUGCGCCAAAUGCAUCCAAAGCGGCGAUUUCGUCUACUUCGACGGCCGCGACCGGGAAAGAUUUAUUGACAAGAAGGAAAGAUUAAACCGACUUAAGAGCAAGCAAGAAGAAUUUCAAAAAGAAGUGUCCAAAGCUAUGGAAGGAAAAUGGGCUGCAGAUCAGUUGAGAUGGAAAAUAAUGUCAUGCAAGAUGCGGAUUGAACAGCUGAAACAAACCAUAUGUAAAGGAAACGAGGAAAUGAAGAAAAAUUCUGAAGGCCUUCUGAAAACCAAGGAAAAGAAUCAGAAGCUUUACAGUCGCGCCCAGCGGCACCAGGAGAAGAAGGAGAAGAUCCAGAGGCACAACCGCAAGCUCGGCGACCUGGUGGAGAAGAAGGCCGCCGACCUCCGCAGCCACCACGAGCGCCUGGCCCGUCUGCGGCGGGAGCACAUCCUGGAGCUCACGUCCGUCAUCUUCCCUAUGGAGGAAGUCAAGACCGCGGUGAGAGAUCCCGCGGACGUGUCCUCCGAGAGCGACAGCGCCAUGACCUCCAGCACUGUGAGCAAGCUGGCCGAAGCCCGGAGGACCACCUACCUGUCGGGCCGCUGGGUCUGCGAUGACCACAACGGGGACACCAGCAUUAGCAUCACGGGGCCGUGGAUCGGCCUCCCCAAUAACGGCGACUACUCUGCUUACUACAAUUGGGUGGAAGAGAAAAAGACAACGCAGGGGCCUGACAUGGAGCACAGCACCCCCGCUUACACCAUCAGUGCAGCGUUGUGCUAUGCCGCCCAGCUGGUCAAUAUCCUGUCCCACAUCCUGGACGUGAACCUUCCUAAGAAACUGUGCAACAGUGAAUUUUGUGGAGAAAAUCUCACCAAACAGAAAUUUAAUCGAGCAGUGAAGAAACUGAAUACAAAUAUCCUUUAUCUUUGUUUUUCUCAGCAUGUCAAUCUGGAUCAGUUACAGCCACUACACACCCUCAGGAACCUCAUGUGCCUGGUCAGUUCCAGCUCUGAACACCUGGGCAGGUCAGGACCCUUUGAAGUGCGAGCCGACCUCGAAGAGUCCAUGGAAUUCGUGGACCCUGGUGUCGCUGGAGAGUCCGAGGAGAGCGGAGAUGAACGUGUAAGUGAUGAAGAGACAGACCUGGGCACAGACUGGGAGAACCUGCCCAGUCCCCGGUUUUGCGACAUCCCCUCCCAGCCUGUGGAGGUGUCCCAGAGCCAGAGCACCCAGGCGUCCCCACCCAUUGCCAGCAGCAGUGCGGGCGGCAUGAUCUCCUCGGCUGCUGCCUCGGUGACCUCCUGGUUCAAGGCUUACACCGGCCACCGCUAGUGUGUGUGCACCUGCCGCGGCAGCUAGCCAGCUCCCAGCGUCGGCUCCCGGGCUCGCAGUGCCCCUGAGAUGCUAAGUCGGCGCCUGCAACAGCAAGAGGUGGAACUGCUAUUAGUUGUCUGAACCAUGGACGCACAGGUUUGUCAGGUGAUCCAGGAGGGUGCCGACUAGAACCCAGGGGUCGGUCAAAGGCCCCCCUCCUCUAGCUGCAGGCACUGCUGCUGUCCCCUGGGGCUUGCUCAGGCCCUGGUUGCUCAGACUGUUCCCCAACUCUGAAGUUGUAGACUUUGGUUGAACCACAGGAAUUGGUUCUAACCGAUUAGGACUUAAAAGAUACAAACUGUUUAUAGGGUUUAUCUUUAUUCCCUACAACUUUUGUUUUGUUCUGUUUUUUGUUUUGUUUGUGCAGAGAACCAGCAGGCAGGUUCAGAUAUGUGCUUGGUUUGUUGUUUGGUUAUUUUGGUUGUUGGGUCAGGGUUUUGGUUAGGUUGGGCAGGGAGGGCUUUGUGGUGGUUACAGAUCAUUUCACCUGCGCUGUCAUGGCGUAGCUCAUCUGACAUCCCUGCAUUUCUGUCCCCCAUGCACCAAAGAAAUUCAGGUCUUUUCUUCUGGACGGCUCCACCGGCAGAAGGCCGAGCUGCAAUAAUGGCCUGGAGGCCGUGCCCGAGUCUCCGGGCUUCUGAGUGCACACCGCUCACUCCUUCUUUGCAAUGCACUGUGUGCAUUUUGAAAUUGACCUUCAGUGAUCUCAGAGCAAGCUGACCACCUGUCUGGGCACAAGUGAUGCUCGGUGUCCCCGUUUGGCCAAGGGGAGUUAGCAGGGGCGUGUUCGCAGGCAGAACCCCCGAGCUAGUCUGUUUCCUAGAGGUCUGGGGGGCUUCUAGAACAUCACCUGUGCUCAGAAGCGCAGAGCAGGCCCUGGGGACAGCCGGGAACAAGAAAUUUUCCCCUCAUUAAGAGAUCAUUUUCAGUUCAUGUGUCUUGUUCUGUCAAUGACAAUCUUACAAGGAAACUGAGAGGCAUUAUGUACAACUAUGUAAGUAGAUUUAUUUUUUCAUUUUCAAAUAACUGCAAAAAAGAAAAAAGUCCUAUGUAACAACUACAAAAAAGAAAUCCCAUGGGAGAUUCCUAACAGGCAUUACUGCUCCCAUCUUGUGAGUCUCACGAGCCUCGCGGUGCCUCGGACAUGCCCGGGGCCCUGCUGGCCGCCUCCCUUCCCCAUGGAAUUAUUGUCAGCCAGAGGUGCUAAUAGCUUCUGUUGUAGCACAGGGAGCCCUGGGGUCCCUAGCUUUAGGGAAUCCCCCACAGGGAGGCAGCAGGCUCCUGGCCUGGGGCUUUCUGGUGUCAUCAUUUGGAGGUGGCCUCACUAUUAUGGCUGCCGCCUCCCAUUCCCCUGCCCAGUUCCGGUGCCCAGAGAGCAGCUGUGCAGACUGGACACAGGCUGGAGUCAGUCUCCCAGGAUGCUGUGCGCAUGGGGAAAACGGGUGUCUGAAUGGAGAGUAACUCAGACUUACAAGGUCGAGGAAGUUUGGGAGGAGGGAGUGUAUUUCGUUACUGAUGUCAAUUCGAGGCACUUUCUUAGGGUUCGGCAAGCACCAGCAUGCCGGCCUACACUGCUGAGGUAUCUUGGGUUUCGUUCUUUUGCACUGGAUGCACCCUGUAAAUACUACAUCCACACUGCAACCACUGUGGUUUCUGCUGCUGCUCGUUGAGCUCUGCCAUGUAGGGCCGGAGCCGUAUGGACGCGGCUCUUGGGGACAAAACAGAAGCUGGUUUUUGUUUUUGUUUUUAAACAAAAAGCCAUAGAACUUGGGUCGUGUUUUUCCAUUUUAAAAUGAUUUCUUGAAACAAGGUAAUACUAGUGAAAACCCACAGGCACCAAAUAGCCUGCCUGAAAAGGUCUGAUAAAGGCAUUUUCCUGUGAUGGACGAUAAUGAAGUUUGCACGGCUGAAAGCCGAGGUGAGGGUGUGAGGGACCCGAUUUGCAGGCAGAGGAGUGCGGCGGGUCACGCCACCCGAGCUGCGGGGACGGCCCUCCACUCUGCCAUUUCCACUGGUUUGAGUCACAUGUUUUCUAGAUUUCAAUUGUAUUACUGCAAUAAAACUUUGAACAGGA